AUGGAGUCCAUGAUCUCCUUUGAAAGAUCUAUCAACUCUGGCAUGCAAGUUGGAUCCAACUUCGGCUCGAUCACCAGUCAUUUCCAUCUUCCUCCAGGCAAUUGGCUUCAAGCACGCCCUGAAACUCCUCCAGCUCCUGUAUCCACAGUUCCAUUUACUCGAGACCCAGACUUCAUCGAUCGCGGUGGCUUACUUGAUAGGAUCCAGGAGAAAUGCUUCGGGUCGCCCGUGCCGACCUUGAGAAUAGCCUUCGUUGGUUUAGGCGGCGUCGGAAAAUCUCAACUUGCCAUUGAACUUUGUUAUCGCCUCCGAGACAAAUUUUCCGACACAUGGGUCUUUUGGGUCUACGCGAGUAGCACUGCCCGUUUUCAGCAGAGCUACCGAGAGAUUGCAAAUUGGGCUCAUGAGAGGAAACGGUGGAUUCUCAUUCUAGACAACGUCGAUGACGAGCACAUCUUGCAUGCGUCGGUGUCAGUAAAAUCCGAUCAAACAACCAGCCAGCAGCCAUUUUUGGCAUUUCUGCCACAUAGUUCGAAUGGGUCUAUUAUCAUGACCAAUGAACCAAUGACGGAGUCUCAGGCACUGACUCUACUGGAGAUAAAGCUUGGGAAUCUGGCCAAGGAGGAAUCUAAGGAUGAUAUUGUCAAACUCGCAAAGGAACUAAAUUUCUUGUCUCUCGCGAUGGUACAAGCCGCAGCUUACAUGAAGCAAAGAGCACCCCGAUCCUCGGUAACACAAUACCUUGGCGAUUUCCAGAGAAGCGACCACAGAAAAGUAAAACUUCUUGACUAUGAAGCUGGUCAUCCACAUAGAGACCUAGAAGCGAGCAAUUCCAUCCUGACUACUUGGCAAUUAUCAUUCGAUCUGAUACGGCAAACAAGACCAUCCGCAGCAGACUUGCUUGGCCUCAUGAGCUUUUUCGACCGACAUAGAAUUCCAGAGGCCUUACUCCAGAGUCGAUGUUUUAUCAACCUUCAGAAUCGCCAUGAGACCGACAUCUUACAGAAUCCAUCCUUGAAUGAAAUGAUUGACGAGGUUAUCGAGUUUGAGAAUGGCCCUAAUGAUCAUGAUAAACGACGAUGA